GUCGUCGGCAUAGUCACUGCUGUAUUUAUGUGCUCCAGUUAUUGUCGUCUGCAACAAACGUCAAAAUUUUAAGAUAGUGCAAGAAACUGAUUCAAGUGUUUUUUUUACAUCGAGACAUUAUGCCGCCAGCAAAUAAUACAGUGCAGUGUUCUAUGUGCACUCUUUUAAUCGCAGUUGAUGACCCAACUACAUUUUUUAAGCAUGUAAAACAUAUACACAGUUGUAGUGUGCCCUUCCACAUAAUAUGCAGACAUCCAGACAGUUGCAACAAACAUUAUUAUGUGUUCCUCUCAUUCCGACGUCACUGGAAUAAAGUCCAUGGAAGUCAGACUAAAUUCGUACACCCUAUUCAUGUUGGGAACAUUCAAGUUGCACUUGGCCCUGAUGAGGACAUUGUUGAUGUUGCAGCAGCUGAAGCAUUUGAUAUUGCUGGACCAACACUUUAUAAACAAACGAUAACUGAAUUUGAGUGGGAGGCAGGAAUGCUGUAUCAACUGAGACACAAAUAUUUUCUCCCAUUUGAAGCACUGUUGUUGGUGUCAGAUAUUAUUCGGGAUAGCUAUGCCCGGAAUGUGGUUAUGAUUCAGGAAAACCUACGGGCUGUUGUGUCAAACAACAUUUUCGGUAGUACAGCGUUUACCGAAGCAUUUCAACUAGUUCACCAACAAGAACAAAUGACUCGAUACCGACUAGAAUCAACCUGGAAUAAAUUCUUCCCAGCCGUUAUGCCAAGAGAAGUCAUUUUGAAUCCUAAUGAACCAUCUUACGAAUGGAUUAAUGACCCAAAUUUUGGUGAAAUAAUCGAUGAAGUGUUUGAGAUCGGAUAUUUUAUACCUUUCCUAGAAUCAGUGCAGCAAUUUCUGUCAAUUAAAGUUGUUUUUGAUGCCGUAAUGUUGAAUUUUAGCUCGUAUGACAGUUCAGCAAACCCCACUGAUUAUUCCGAUGUUUUGAGUGGGAGUUAUAUAAAAAAGAACCCAUUGUACAUAAAACACAGUGGCCAGAUUUUGUGUUUUCAAGUAUAUAUGGACGAAGUGGAAGUUUCAAAUCCACUUGGUAGCAAAAAAGGUAAACACAAAAUCUGCGUUUUUUACUGGACAUUAUUGAACAUUCCUCCCAUUUUCCGAUCUUCAUUGAGAAGCAUUCAGUUGCUUGGAAUUGUGAGUAAUGACUUGCUUAAAGAUCGUGGGGUAGAAGUGUUUUUAAAACCCUUUAUAGAUGAUUUGAUUCUUCUUCUUGAUGGUGUUACUUUAACCAUACGAAAUCAAAAACGGAAGUGGUUUGGGAUGUUAGUGAAUUUUGUAGGGGAUAUUCCUGCGUCAAACUUUGUUGCUGGAUUUAAGGAAGGAGUAGGUGCAGCAAAAUUGCAUUGUCGUUCUUGCUUAAUUGAUCGUGACGACAUAGAACUAAUUCAUCUUGAAUCAAAUUGUGUUUUGCGGGACAAAGAUACUCACGAAGUUCAUGUUUUGCAAAUUGAGAACGUAGAACUUACUUCGGUCGAAAGAGAAGGUCUUUCUACAACCUAUGGAGUGAACCGUCGUUGCCCAUUCACUAGACUAGGAUACGUCGAUCCAACUAAAAUAUUUUCACAUGACUUAAUGCACGUUGUAAACGAGGGCAUCUUGAAUCUGGUUGUCCGAAAACUACUUCGUCAUCUUAUUGUAACAAUAAAGUUAGAUUUGGAUGUCGUAAAUCGCAAAAUAUCAACGUUAUCGUGUGAUAGAGAAUUCACCGUUCCACCUCCGAUCAGAAAAAAAGAGGUUAUGGAUUUAACUAAACUUUCAUUCUCGUCAUCUGAAAUGGGCUCAGUUGCGAUUGCUCUUGCCGUCGUUUUGGCUGAGUUUGUUUCAAGUGACGAUCCACACUACGCAAAUUUCCUUCUACUUCUAGAAAUAACAGCUUCACUUCAAUGCUAUUCUUUUUCGGAGAAGGACUUGACGGUACUUGAAAAGAAUAUCGAAAUUCAUAAUAUCAACCAUGUUUUGCUAUACCCAAAAAAUCCUGAUGAAUCUGGAAAGGCAAUAACACCAAAACUUCAUUCGCUUCUUCAUUUGGCUAAUCAAAUCAGAAUGUUUGGCGCUCUAAGGAAUUCUUGGUGCUUCCGGUAUGAGUCAAAGAAUGCUAGAUUUAAAAAAAUUAUGAAUAGAAAUUGCAAUUUUAGCAAUGUGCCUUGGUCACUAUCCUCCCACCACCAAAAGCUAGUGGGCUUAGACGUUGCAAGGGAUGGCGAAGGACAUUUCUUUGGGAAUGCGGAAAAUUUCACUGUUCACGGUCAUCAUUCACCGAUAGAUGUUAAGCACGCUUGGUGGGCACACAUCGCUUACGAAACAACUGAUUUGAUUAGCGAUUCGAAAUUCCAACCGCUUAAAUCACUGAAAAUCGCUGGUAGAAUUUGCAACAAGAAAACGCCUUGCAGGCCUCUUCCGACCAAGUUGUCUGCUGAUAUCGUUGAUAUAAAGUACAUGGCUAAUAACAAAAAAAUAUUUGUGAAUUUUGGUUCUUUGAAACAUCCAACGCAAGUCAAAUGUAUUCUCAUACCAAACAGUACACAAAGUAACGACGUUGCAGUGCUGAGGACUCUGCUUUACAAAGAAUUGUUGGCAGAUUGCUCUAUUAUUUCUCUAGGUGGAAAUAAAUUAACACCUAUAAAUGAUGUUCUUUUGCUAAAAUAUGACGAAGACUACGGGCAAGCUAUAGACCUCAGUUCGUCUACAGUGUUUGAUAAUGUGGAAAAAGAUGUUCUAGUAAAGCUACGACAAACUGAAGAUACUGCUCUGAUGGAUGACAAUGCUAGUAAAAUUCAUGAUGGUGGAGAUGAUGUCAAUGCUUGUCAACUUGGAAACGAUGCAGCCAACUUGGAUGUAGUCAACUCGUGCUUGGAUGAAGUGAAUGAUGGAGAUAAUGAUGUGAAAAAUGUUUAUCAACUUAAAAUCGAUGCAGCCAACAUGGAUGUAGUCAACUCGUACUUGGAUGAAGGGAAUACCAUUCCUGCUGUCUUUAGUAUUCAAGGAGACGAGGAUCAAACAUCAAUAGGUCAUAUGGAAAGAAGUGACGAAGACUCUAGCACUGAGAAGAGCACUGAUAUUGAUACUGCUAUGUCAUCAGAAUGUAGUGCAGCAAGUUCAUCAGGCAGUACUGAUUUUGUUAAUAGCACAUCUGAUUCCGACUCCCAUGCCCAGAAAAUCAAGUCACCAGCAAAAUGUAAAGUGGCUAAGAUAGGUCAAAAACGGACUUAUGCUUUCAGCAGUACUCAAAUAGCUACUGUAACGGAUCCUUUGGGAAAUGAUGAAAACCCUUGUCUGCCAAAGAAGAAAAACACAGCAGCACUUCAUAUUCAGCCAUCAGCAGGUGCUCACGUUGUUGCUGUUGCUAUUGCAAGGGGGACUAGUAUUCAGCCUGAUGUGGAAAAUCAUCAACGUCAACUUCAUCCCAAUAAUCCGCUCGAGCCGGUUGUUGUUGAUAAUCUUUUAGUCCCGGUCACUCUUCCCAACGAAGGGACAGAACCUUGGGAAAUAAAUGAAAGGCUGGUGAAAGCUAUCAAAGAAGGUCAACUCACUCUUUAUUUCAACCAAUUUAUUUUGGUCUGCGCCAAGCAUCUAAUGCAAACUCAUCGAGCUCGUCGAUUCAAAAAUCACUACAGAAACUACGCCGACAUGAUUGUCAAUAAAUAUCCUUGUCUGAAAGACGUGGGAAGGAACUGCUCAUAUGAAACAGUCAAGGAUAAAAUAAUUAAAGCUAUUCAGAACCAAACGGGAUCAUCAAAAUCUAUGGAUGCAAGGAAACUUAAACGAGCUUCCGUUAAAUCUGCUGCUGAUGAUUCACUUGUUGCCAUCGGUGAUGGGGCGUCGAAUAUAUCAGACACUUCGAAUACGACCGGAGAUAGUGAUGGAGACAAAGAAAUUGAACUUAUCGCAAAGUUUAAUUCGAGACGUUCUUUUGUCCAUUCAAACAGGAAGAAAACUACAAGAGAUAUUCUUGAAACUAUUCCGCAUUACAAGGAGUUUGCCAACGUUAAAGAGGAUUUCAUGAAAAUGCCAGCUGUUUCCGUGAUAGGCCAAGGUCUUUUCAGGAGCAAUUUUGACGAUCUAACGGACAAUUUGAGGCGCUAUUUUAUUUGGAGCAAAGGGCCAAAUUUUGAUGAAGGAGUAAGAGGCACACUCCAGAUCUUAUUGCAUGUAAACAAAUUGUGUUCCUCAACACAAGGAGCAAAGUCAUACACACCAGUAAUAACAUCAUGUGAAAAGGGAAAUUCUGUCGACUUAAAUUAUUCCGGUGUGAAUUUCAGCUCUGUUAUUUUUUUUGAUUCUAAAACUACCCUUCAUUCUAUGCUAAUUGUCUGUGGGGAUGUGAUGAAUUUUAAAAAUAUUGCAGUGAAAAGUAUGGGAGAGGCUAUGUUCAACUUGCUAAGCUUGUAUUAUGUGUUUGACCGCAACUACCCGGCCGUGUAUGGUGUACUACUUCUGCUGGAGCGCUACUGUCUGUGCAACAAAGGAUCUGGUGUUAGAGGAAGAAAAGGCGACCCGUCCAGCUGGAGAAAGUUUACUAACAACUUUGAAAGUUUUCUGGUUUCCAUUCCAAAGCAGACUGUGUGAUUAUUGCUAAUUGCCUCUGUGUUUAUUUUAUAUACUGCGUGACGUGAUUUAAAAUAAACAAUGAAAGAAGUCAA